GCAGGGAGAGGUUUUUGCUGAAAAUCCCUCCAGCAAUUCAGUCACAUUCCCCCUCCCCCAUGGUGUCUAAAAUACCCGCAGCUCACUGAGGAUUCCGUAUAAGGAAUGUAACUUCCAGCUGCCAAUGCCACUCCGAGUUCCUGGUCACUUUGAUCCCUCUCCCCUGAGGGAGAUGUCCUAGAAUAGCCUCUCAAACUUCUGACAAUGCUCGUACUGCAAUUCUGUCACACCCAGACCAGAGUGUUGCAACAUUUCCCGGAAGGCCGUGAGCAGUUUCCAGUCAAUGAAAUCUGCUUUCAGUUUCGUUCUCCCUGCUCCGCUGUUUAAGAACGGCAGAAUUCCUCGCCGGCUCUUAGAUCACAAUCUCUUUCGCUGCAGCAGAAAGGUUUGUCAGAAUGGCGUCUGGUAGCUACAUGCAGGCACCCAUGUGUCUGAUCGAAAACAGCCAAGACGGCAAGCUUGUGCUCAAUGGGGAAGCGUUCCAGCUUCUCUCCAGCAUUAAGGAGACGCUGGUGGUUGUGUCUAUCGUGGGAUUUUACAGGACCGGCAAGUCCUACCUGAUGAACCGAUUGGCAGGACAGAAUCACGGUUUCUCUCUCGGAUCGACUGUCCAAUCCCACACCAAGGGUAUCUGGAUGUGGUGCGUGCCUCAUCCUGAGAAACGGAAUCACUGCCUGGUGCUGCUGGAUACAGAAGGUCUGGGAGAUGUGGAGAAAGGUGAUCACACUAACGACUGCUGGAUCUUCUCCCUGGCCGUGCUCCUGAGCAGCACGUUUGUGUACAACAGCGUGGGGACCAUUGACCAGUACGCACUGGAAAAACUCCAUUUUGUUUCCAAUCUGACAGAGCUGAUCAAAGUGAAGGCUGAUCAAGGAGGUGAUGAUGAAGAUGAAGAGUUGGAUUUACUGAAGGUCUCACCGGCCUUUGUCUGGGCAGUGCGGGAUUUCACCCUGGAACUGAAAAUCGAUGGCCAGAAUGUCACAGCCGAUGAGUAUUUGAACCACGGCCUACAACUCAAAAAAGGUGUUGCAAAGAAAGUGAUGGAGUAUAACCAGCCCCGGGAAUGCAUCAGGAAUUACUUCCGGUCCCGCAAAUGUUUUGUUUUUGUUCAGCCGACUGCCAGCACCAAUCUAAACCAGGUGGAGACGCUGCCGGAAAGCCAGCUUGACCCACAGUUCCGUGCGGUGUGCCGAGAGUUCUGCCAGUACAUCUACAGUGAAUCACAGCCAAAGAGAGUUAAAGGUGGCCGCAGGAUUAAUGGUCGAAUGUUGGCUAUUUUGACUGAAGCCUACGUGAAAACUAUUGACAGUGGGAAGGUACCUUGCAUUGAGGAUGCUGUGACCUGUAUGGCUAAGAUUGAAAACACAGCCGCCUUCCAGAAUGGCCUCACUCACUACCAGCAGCAGAUGGGGCUGAGAGUGCAGAUGCCAAUGGAAAUCGCCGUGUUGACAGGAAUACACUCCCUAUGUCGAGAUGAGGCCAUCCAACUAUUCUUGAAGAGCUCCUUCAAUGACAAAGAUCAGGAAUAUUACAAGAAACUGCUGACUGAAGUGGAGCAGCAUUACUUUGAGGUUUGUGACAAGAAUGAAGCUGUUUCCAUGGAGACGUGUACAAAACUGCUGGAGACCCUGUCCUCUGAGAUCGAGGAGAAACUACGAAAGGGAUCGUACACAUGUACAGGCGGGUAUGAGCAGUAUGAAAAGGAUCGCAAGAAGAUGAUUGAGAAAUUCCAUGCAACUCCAGGAAAGGGGAAUAAGGCUGAAGAAGCCUUGAACUCAUUCAUGAAAAGCAAAACUUCAGAAGCUGAUUCAGUGCUGCAGGCUGACGAGAGGCUAACAGACCAGGCCAGAGAGCUGGCAGUUGAGCGGCAGAGAACUGCUGAGAUUAAACAAGAGGCGAAGGCUCAGGAAGAAGCAUUGAAGACCCUCGAGGAAAUCAGGAACAACGAGAAGGCGUUUUAUGAAGAAAGUACCAAACAACUGCACUCGAAGAUGGAGGAAGAGAAAGAGAACUUGCAGCGAGAGCAGGAGUUAGCACUGGAAUGCAAACUGAAAGAGCAGAAGGAAUUAAUGGAGAAACAGUUUCAAUCAAAAGCUGAGAUGAUGGAGGAGCAAAUCGAGACCCUGAGGAAGCAACAAGAAUCUGCCAACUCCUCCAUUAAUUGGGAAAAAUUUGCUACAGUAGCUAAGGGUGCAUUAGACACUAUAAUUAAUGCUUAUGCAUCACAUAAAGCCAUGAAGCUGUUAACCAAGAUAUAAUCCUCCAAUACAUUACCCCAGGUUAGAACAGGUAUUGUUUUGCCAAAUAUUGGGGUGUAUUUUAGCCUUUAUUGCAUAACUGAUCACAUGCCCUUAAUAUAGCCUACACCAUCUUAAUUCUGCUGUCGUAAAAUAGGAUCAAAUUGAGCAUGAGCUGUUAUUUCUUGAGGGACAGAAUUGAAAAGGAGGGAUAUUUUCUUGAUCUUAGGUUGAUUCCGGAGUUGAGUGGAUUGGUUUAUGAGGAGAGACUGAGUAGAUUGGGAUUAUAUUAAUCAGAAUUUA